UUUUUAAAUAAAUCUCUUUUUGAAUUUAUUAAUUUUCUAAAUUAAUAUAAAAACAAAGAGUAAUUCAUUACUUGGUUAAAAUGUUGUAUAGUUUUCAGUCUGUUUAAGUAAAAUAUAUAUUUUUUCUAAAUAAAUACUUGAACCUUUCAAGAUAUUUCUUUAAAAUACUUAACUACUUGUUCUCACCGAAUAAAAUUCAUUUGCAAGUGUUAUUACUAAUUGAUUGAAAAUGGCCAAGGCUAAAGAAAAUUUAUCUCAACAUAUUGGACAAUUACCCAAAUUUACCAGAGCUCUUUUAAUUUAUUCUAAUGAUUUUAUUGAUGAAAUGGAUCCAUGUAAUACAUGGAAGUAUAACUUAGAUGUAAUAAAAGAACGAAUAGAUGAACAAGAAAAGCAGACUCAAAAAUCUUUAACAUUUGUUGAAAUUUGUUCUAUUAUAAAUCAGUCGCAAAAUAACAUUAUUUCAAGAAAUCUAAAUUUGUUGUAUGAAAUAGCUAAAGAUCUUUCAAAAGAUGAUCAAUCUGAAAUAUUAAGUUCUUCAGUUUUAUUUUUUUUUAAAUUGUUAAUUGGAGAAUCUGGAUUACUUAUGAAACAUAUCUUAGAGCUUCGAUGUAUGUUUGGAAAAAUAUCAAAUCAAAAUGCUGAUCAAAUAUUUAAGUUGGUAAAAGAAGUAGAAAAAAUAUUGGAUAAUGACAAUUUAAAUAAAAUUAAGACUUUAUGGGAAAAUAUUGAAGAAACCGAUAAUCAUGAAACUGAUCAUAGACGUGAAGUACAAAUUAAUAUCUCUGAAAAAUAUUUUAAACCAAGAUCAAAAUGGGUCCCUCCUAAUUUUGGAAAAUUACCAACACCUGAUGUUGGUUUGAAAAGUGUUUUGAAUUCAUUUUCUAUGCGUUAUAAUAGAGAAGAAAAAAAAAGUUCUAGCACAGUAAACUUAGAUAAAACAUGGUUAUUGAAUCAAAUUAUGAAAACAACAACUCCAAGUUUUGGAAUGACAAAUGAAGACUAUUACAAUAGUAUUAUAACAGCCCUUUCAUCUCAAAGUUCUGAUACUGAACUUCAAGACGAAUUGUUUAAUUUGCUUGGAUUUAAACGUCUUGAUCUCAUAGAAAUUCUUCUAAAGCAUAGGAAUAACAUAGUCAAGCAAAAUUUUUCUUCAGAUGAAAGAAGAUUUGCAUUCAAUGCCAAAGAUAUAAAGAUGGAUAAACAACCAAGACAUAUGGAAAUGAUAACUAUUGAAACUGAAGAAGAUAAGAAACUUAGAAAAGAAUUGAGAAAAGAAGAAAAAGCCCUUCAAAGAUUUAAUCGACGAAGAGAAUCUGAUUCUGAUGAUGAAGCAAUUAAAAUAGUUUCUAAGACUACUAGUGCACCGAAUGUCCCCAUGUUUAUUGAUCCAAAGAGUUGUAAGGCACCUUUAGCUGAAAAGUUUCCACAUGUAUAUGACAUAAAUUCAGAAUCAAAAGUAUCAAGUUGUUAUAUAAAUGGAGAUCCUUGUACUAUUCCUAUUGGAGCUAAAAGAACUGAUCAUAAAACUUAUGAAGAAGUGUACAUUCCACCUACUAGGUUGUCACAAGAUUUAACAGUUGGCAAAAAACUAGUUGCUGUUAAAACAUUAGAUGAGAUUGGCCAAAAAGCAUUUAGUGGUAUUCAAAGUUUAAAUAGAAUACAAUCUGUUGUUUUUGAUGCAGCGUACAAUACAAAUGAAAAUCUUUUGGUAUGUGCUCCCACUGGAGCUGGUAAAACAAAUGUUGCUUUAUUGACAAUAGUACAUCAAAUUAAACAACAUAUACAAAAUAAUGAAAUUAAUAAAAGUGAAUUCAAGAUUGUUUAUGUUGCUCCAAUGAAAGCUCUAGCAUCUGAGAUGACUGCUAACUUCUCUAGAAGACUAUUAAGUUUGGGUAUUACUGUUCGUGAAUUUACUGGUGAUAUGUCUUUAACUAAAGCUGAAAUUACUAGCACUCAAAUAUUAGUAACAACACCUGAGAAGUGGGAUGUAGCAACUCGCAAGGGAACUGGUGAUAUUGCUUUAACUAGUCUGGUUAAAUUAUUAAUUAUUGAUGAAGUUCAUUUAUUACAUGGUGAUCGAGGUCCAGUGUUAGAAGCACUUGUAGCACGUACUUUACGACAGGUUGAGUCAUCUCAAAAUAUGAUUCGUAUUGUUGGAUUAUCAGCUACUUUACCAAAUUAUAAAGAUGUUGCUCGAUUUUUAAGAGUUAACUUUCAAAAAGGUUUAUUCUAUUUUGAUGGACGUUUUCGUCCAGUGCCUUUGAUUCAGACAUUUAUUGGGGUUCGAGGAAGUAAGACAGUUAAAAUGCAACAAGAAAUGGAUUCAGUUUGUUAUGAUAAAUUGCAUGAAAUGGUUCAAAAAGGACAUCAAGUCAUGGUGUUUGUUCAUGCCCGUAAUGCUACCGUAAAGACAGCUAAUGUAUUUAGAGAACUUGCAACUCAAAAAAAUCAUUUAUCUGAUUUUUUGCCUGAAGAUUCCAACCGGAUAGGAGUAGCAAAGAAAGCAUUUGAACGAUGUCAUUCAAAAGAACUAAGUGAAUUAUUGAACAGUGGAUUUUCUAUUCAUCAUGCAGGCCUCUUAAGAUCAGAUAGGAAUUUAGUUGAAAAAUAUUUUGCUGAGGGUGCCAUAAAAGUAUUAGUAUGUACAGCUACAUUAGCUUGGGGUGUUAAUCUUCCUGCUCAUGCUGUUAUCAUAAAAGGUACAGAGUUGUAUGACUCUAAACAUGGAACAUUUGUAGAUCUAGGUAUGCUUGAUGUUUUGCAAAUAUUUGGAAGAGCUGGUCGUCCUCAGUUUGAUACUUCUGGACAUGGAAUUAUAAUUACUCCACAUGCUAAACUACAUAAAUACCUUUCAUUACUAACAAAUCAAAUACCAAUUGAAAGUUGUUUUGUGCAACAUCUUGUUAACAAUUUAAAUGCUGAAGUAGUUUUAGGUACAAUAUCUAAUGUAGAAGAAGCAGUGUUAUGGUUAAGCUAUACUUAUUUGUUUGUUAGAAUGCGUAUAAAUCCACAUGUGUAUGGUAUAUUACUAGAUGAAGUAGAAUUGGAUCCUAUGUUAGUUAAUAAAAGAAAAGAAUUCAUCAUAAAUGCAGCUAUGGCAUUAGAUAGAGCUCAAAUGUUACGUUACAACGAGAGAACUGGAGAUCUCGCAUCCACUGAUCUGGGACGAACUGCCAGUCAUUUUUACAUAAGUCAUGACAGUAUUGAAAUAUUUAAUCAGACCAUGGCACCUUUUAUGAACUUAUCAGAAAUACUUACUAUGAUAGCAAGUGCAAAAGAAUUUGAGCAACUACAAGUUAGAGAUGAUGAAGUGGUAGAGUUAGAAUCAUUGAGUCGUAAAUAUUGUCAUGUUGAAUGCAAAGGAUCAGCAGUGAAUAUUAAUGGCAAAGUAAACAUUCUUUUACAAACUUAUUUAGCUAGAGGUAGAGCAAAAGGAUUUUCAUUAAUAUCGGACCUUGUUUAUAUCUCACAAAAUGCUACAAGAAUUGCCCGGGCCCUGUUUGACAUGGUCUUACGUCGCAAUAAUGCCAUGUUAUCAUCGAAACUGUUGGAAGUCAGUCAAAUGUUUGAGAUGAGACAAUGGGACUUUGAAUCUGAAUUGAGGCAAUUUUCAGAUGUUCUUCCUUGGGAAAUUAUUGAUAAAAUAGAACAAAGAAAAUUAACAUUUAAUCAAAUUAGAGAAAUGGACUCAAAAGAGUUAGGAAUUUUAUUAAGAAACCAAAAUAUUGGUGCUGCAGUAAAAAAAUGUGCUAUGCAGCUGCCUUAUAUUGAAGCUACAGAGAGUAUUCAACCUAUUACAAGAACCAUUUUAAGAAUAAAUCUUGAACUUUACCCAGAAUUUGAGUGGAAUGAUAAAUUCCAUGGGAAAACAUCAGUUGCAUUUUGGAUUUGGAUAGAAGAUCCUGAAACUGAUCAUAUUUAUCAUUGGGAACAAUUCUUAAUUUCAAAAAGACAAGUUAUCAAAAAAGAAGUUCAAAAAUUAGUUUUUACAAUACCUCUUGUUGAACCACUUCCGUCUCAAUACAUUUUACACUGUACAUCAGAUAGAUGGCUGGGUACUACUUACACAAUUCCCUUAACAUUUCAACAUCUCAUAUUACCUCACAGCCAUGCUUCAGUAACAGACUUGCUUGAACUUCAUCCAUUGCCAUUAUCAGCUCUUAAAAAUCAAGACUACCAAAAUUUAUACAAGUUUACUCAUUUCAAUCCAAUACAAACUCAAAUUUUUCAUUGUUUGUAUCAUACAGAUAAUAAUGUACUCUUAGGAGCCCCUACUGGAUCCGGUAAAACUAUUGCUGCAGAAAUUGCUAUGUUUAGAGUUUUCAAUGAACAGCCUGAAGCUAAAGUCGUUUAUAUUGCACCUUUAAAAGCUCUUGUACGAGAACGAAUAAUUGACUGGAAAGUAAGACUUGAAGAAAAGUUAAAAAAGUCAGUUGUUGAAUUAACAGGUGAUGUUACACCAGAUAUUAAAGCAAUAACUAAUGCAUCUGUAAUUGUUACAACACCAGAAAAAUGGGAUGGUGUUUCACGAAGUUGGCAAACACGAAAUUAUGUUCGACAAGUUGCAUUAGUGGUUCUUGAUGAAGUUCAUUUACUAGGAGAAGAAAGAGGACCAGUUUUAGAAAUAAUUAUAUCCCGUAUAAAUUUCAUUUCAACUCAUUCUGGUCAGCAUACUCGCAUUAUUGCAUUAACUACUGCUUUAUCAACCGCUGCUGAUCUAGCUUCUUGGUUACAUAUCGGUGAAAUGGGUCUUUACAAUUUUCGUCCUUCUGUACGGCCUGUUCCACUUGAGGUGCAUAUUAGUGGCUAUGCAGGAAGAAAUUAUUGUCCUAGAAUGGCAACUAUGAACAAGCCAAUUUAUCAAGCUAUACGUCAACAUUCUCCUACUCAACCUGUUAUGAUUUUUGUAUCAUCAAGAAGACAAACUAGAUUAACUGCACUUGAUCUAAUAGCAUAUUUAGGAGGAGAAGAUAACCCUAAACAAUGGGUUCAUAAGAAUGAUUAUGAAAUGGAUCAAAUUAUUGAAAAUAUCAGAGAUCCUAAUUUAAAAUUAUGCCUUGCAUUUGGAUUAGGUCUUCAUCAUGCUGGAUUACAAGAUAAUGAUAGAAAAAUUGUAGAAGAAUUAUUUGUUAAUCAAUAUAUUCAAGUUCUUAUUGCUACUUCUACUUUAGCUUGGGGAGUUAAUUUUCCAGCACAUUUUGUUAUAGUUAAAGGAACUGAGUUUUAUGAUGGUAAACAAAAAAGAUAUGUUGAUAUGCCUAUAACCGAUGUUCUUCAAAUGAUGGGCCGUGCAGGUAGACCUCAAUAUGACAACAUGGGAAUUGCAUUAAUUAUGGUACACGAUAUAAAAAAAACAUUUUACAAGAAAUUCUUGUACGAACCAUUCCCAGUUGAAUCAUCUUUGUUGAAUGUAUUACCAGACCAUAUUAAUGCUGAAAUUGUGGCUGGGACAAUAAAAACAAAGCAAGAUGCAAUUGAGUAUUUAACUUGGACCUAUCUCCUUCAAAGACUAAUGAAAAAUCCAGAAUAUUAUGGAUUGCAUAGUUUAGAAGAGAGUUCUAUCAAUGAUUUCCUUUCUGACUUGGUUGAAAGCUGUAUUGGAACACUAUACUCAAGUUAUUGUGUUGAUAUUGAUGAGGAUCAGCGUAAUGUUAAACCAACAUCUCUUGGUCAUAUUGCAUCAUAUUAUUAUUUACAACAUAAAACUGUAAAAAUAUUCAGAGAAAGAUUGAAAGGUGAAUUAAGCUUGGAAGAUUUAAUUAAAGUUUUAGUUGAUGCUGAAGAAUUUAGUCUUUUACCUGUCAGGCAUAAUGAAGAUUUAAUGAAUGCGGAACUAGAUAAACAAUGUCCUUUAAAUAUUGAUGGACGACCAUUUGAGUGUUCACACACAAAAACUCUUAUCUUGCUCCAAGCUCAUUUUUCACAUUUAAAAAUGCCAUGUACCGAUUAUAUUACUGAUCUAAAAUCAGUUCUUGAUCAAUCAAUACGUAUACUGCAAGCUAUGAUUGAUAUUACUGCAGAGGAAGGAUAUUUAGUAUUAUGCCUUAAAUUAAUGCAACUUAUGCAAAUGGUUAUUCAAGCUCGUUGGGUGACUGAUCCACCUGUUUUUACACUACCUUUAGUAGAAAAGCAUUUAAUUCCAUCUAACAUUUUAAAUCUACUUUGUUUACCACAUUUGUGCAAUGUUGCUCUUAAGAGUUAUGACCAGUUUUUAAAUAUUUUUUUAAAAACUCAAUUAGAACCAGAGGAGAUUAAUAAGAUUUAUAAAACUGUUGUUGAAAUGCCUGUUGUUAAUGUUCAAUUAUAUAUACAAGGUUAUUGGCCUGAUAGUUCUGAAGUUCAAAAGAAAUUGGUUAGAAAUGGUGAAAGAAUGGAAAUAUUAGGAAACAAUGAAUAUACUUUAAUAGUUGAAACUAAAAUUUUAAAUCGAGUGAUUCCAUCAAAAGCUCAUGCUCCAAAAUUUUCCAAACCUAAAGAUAUAGGUUGGUUUAUGGUUCUUGGAUCUAUAGAAAAUUGGGAGUUGAUUGCAUUAAAAAGAGCUACUAAUAAUCAUUACAGAAGAUCAUCUAGUAGACUAGCAUUUAGUACACCAAGCUUCUCAGGUAAGUACAUUUGAUGAACUGAGCAAAUUAUUGU